AUGGCCUUGCCGGGCGCCGAGGGCGUGGCCGACCGGCCGGGAUCCCCGGACCACGGCGCCCCAGCCGGCUCCGCGUCGUCGUCGUCCGCCUCCUCGGGCGGCUCGGCCUCGGCCUCGGCGGGCACGGGGCUGUGGGCCGCGCUGUACGACUACGAGGCGCGCGGCGAGGACGAGCUGAGCCUGCGGCGCGGGCAGCUGGUGGAGGUGCUGUCCCAGGACGCCGCCGUGUCGGGCGACGAGGGCUGGUGGGCCGGCCAGGUGCAGCGGCGCCUGGGCAUCUUCCCCGCCAACUACGUGGCGCCGUGCGCCCCGGCCGCGCGGCCCGCGCCCCCGCCCGCCCUCCCGCCGCCGCCGGCGCCGCGGCCCGGCUCGCCCGUGCACGUCGACUUCGAGCGGCUGGAGCUGAAGGAGCUGAUCGGCGCGGGCGGCUUCGGGCAGGUGUACCGGGCCACCUGGCAGGGCCAGGAGGUGGCGGUGAAGGCGGCGCGCCGCGACCCGGAGCAGGACGCGGCGGCGGCGGCCGAGAGCGUGCGGCGCGAGGCGCGCCUGUUCGCCAGGCUGCGGCACCCCAACAUCAUCGAGCUGCGCGGCGUGUGCCUGCGGCAGCCGCACCUCUGCCUGGUGCUCGAGUUCGCCCGCGGCGGGGCGCUCAACCGCGCGCUGGCCGCCGCCAACGCCGCCCCGGAGCCGCGCGCCCCCGGCCCGCGCCGCGCGCGCCGCAUCCCCCCGCACGUGCUGGUCAACUGGGCGGUGCAGAUCGCGCGCGGGAUGCUCUACCUGCACGAGGAGGCCGUGGUGCCCAUCCUGCACCGGGACCUCAAGUCCAGCAACAUUUUGCUCCUGGAGAAGAUCGAGCACGACGACAUGUGCAACAAGACGCUGAAGAUCACGGACUUCGGGCUGGCGCGGGAAUGGCACCGCACCACGAAGAUGAGCGCGGCGGGCACCUACGCCUGGAUGGCUCCGGAAGUCAUCAAGUCGUCCCUGUUCUCCAAGGGAAGUGACAUCUGGAGCUACGGAGUGCUACUGUGGGAGCUGCUCACGGGCGAGGUCCCCUACCGCGGCAUCGACGGGCUCGCCGUGGCCUACGGGGUGGCGGUGAACAAGCUCACCCUGCCCAUUCCGUCCACCUGCCCCGAGCCCUUUGCCAAGCUCAUGAAAGAAUGCUGGCAGCCAGACCCUCACAUCCGCCCGUCCUUUGCCUUAAUCCUGGAGCAGCUGACUGCGAUCGAAGGGGCGGUCAUGACGGAAAUGCCCCAGGAGUCGUUCCAUUCCAUGCAGGACGACUGGAAGCUGGAAAUCCAGCAGAUGUUCGAUGAGCUGAGAACCAAGGAAAAGGAGCUGCGGUCCCGCGAGGAGGAGCUGAGCCGCGCGGCCCUGCAGCAGAAGUCGCAGGAGGAGCUGCUGAAGCGGCGGGAGCAGCAGCUGGCGGAGCGCGAGAUCGACGUGCUGGAGCGCGAGCUCAACAUCCUCAUCUUCCAGCUCAACCAGGAGAAGCCCAAGGUCAAGCGGAGGAAGGGCAAGUUCAGGAGGAGCCGCCUGAAGGUCAAGGACGGGCACCGCAUCAGCCUGCCCUCAGAUUUCCAGCACAAAAUCACCGUGCAGGCCUCUCCCAACCUGGACAAACGGAGGAGUCUGAACAGCAGCGGGUCCAGCCCGCCCAGCAGCCCCACGGUGAUCCCGCGGCUCCGGGCCAUACAGCUGACUUCGGAUGAAAGCAACAGGACGUGGGGAAGGAACACGGUCUGCCGACAGGAGGAAUUUGAAGAUGUGAGAAGGAAUUUCAAGAGGAGAGGUUGCACCUGGGGACCAAGUUCUAUCCAAAUGAAAGACAGAACCGAUGGCAAAGAAAGAAUAAGACCUCUCUCGGAUGGCAACAGUCCUUGGUCAACUCUCUUCAUAAAACAUCACAAAACCACGCCAUUGGCAUCGUUAUUUGUGGACCAACCAGGUGCCUGCGAGGAGCCCAGACCCUCUGCCGACGGCUCGGAGCCCAGAAAACCACCGCAGAGCAAACCCUCGGGGCCCGCCCUGGCGGACCCGCCUCUGGGGAAAGAUGGGCAGAGAGAGAGCCCGCCGGAGGCUGAGAACUGGGAGGAGGCCGCCUCCGCCGCGGGCACCCCUCAGGGGACCCCGACCCACACUCUGAGCAGGUCGCCCCCCAGGAGGAGGACGGAGGGCGCCCUGGUCAGCUGCACCGCCCUCCUGGCGGCCGUGGCCCUGGGCCUGGACCUCAGAGAGCUGCCCCGGGCGCCGGCCGCGGAGGAGCCGGGCCCCAGGGAGGAAAGGAGGAAACGCAAGGACAUCCUGCCGCGGGCACCCUGGCCCCGCGGGGGCGCCGACCGCCCCCGGGCAUCGGCCACGCUGCCCCCGCCCGGCGCCCUGGGUCUUCUCUCCCGGCCGUCCCUCUCCACCAAGUGCCUGCUGCAGGCGGAGGGCGGAGAGUCGUCCCUCGAGGGCAGCGGGCACAGCACGCGCGCCCCCGACGUGCCCGCUCCGGACGUCUGUCCUGCCGCAGGGGGGUGCCAGCCAGCCUCCCCACCCAGGCCGGAGGCCGAGCGCGGGGCGUGGAGGCCCCUGGGCCCCCCCUCCUCGGAGCAGACCCGUGGGAACGCGCCGCCCUGUGCUUCCUCGAAGAGAAGGGCAGCGGGCCACCGGCGGUCGGUGUCUGACGGGAACGCCUCUCUGGCCCCAGCAGCUGCUGCCGCAGGAGCUCCGGUACCGCCCCCUGCGCGGGCGUGGGGGCCCCCCCACCCCUCCUGGCCUCACAGGAACCUGCCCCCCCAGGCCCUGCCUCUGGAGGCCCCGCCUGGAGAACAAAGAGCCUUCACUUCUGUGCCUCCCCCCUCCGCCCUCCCAGCCCCCGCGGACGCCCCCCAGGCCUCCCCGGGGAGGACAGAGCCGCUGCCCGCACGGGCCGACCCUGGCCUGGGCGGCGGGGCACCGACCCCCGGCUGUGCCCCCGGCUGUCCCCCCGGAGCCCCGGACAGAACUAGGUCGCUCGGGCCCUCCUUGCUGGACGCCGACGUGCAGGGCCAGAGCCGGGACUGCACGCCGCCCCUGUGCCAGGUGAAGAGCGGGCGCGGCCGUCCGUCCGUCCGCCAGCUGGAGAAGGGAUUCCUGUCCUAGUGCCUUACGUUUGUGCCCGCCUGCCUCCCUUUUCUAAGGAGAACAAUUAAAACACUGCGUCUGCCUUGGCGUUGUUUAUGCU